CAGACUGCGAUCACUGUUAACUGUCCUCUCAACUCGGAAACCUAUACUACGGGUUCCAUUUCCGGAAUGCCAAGCCGUGAGUUUAUUUCCGGCAGUUGAGGUCGACCAGCAUUUCCGGCAGGUGAGGUCAUCAAAUCCGAGAAAGAUGGAGACCGUCGUUAAUGAAACCGUAGCUCCGGAGGAUUUAAUGAAAUUUGAGAAGAAAUACACAGCUGAAUUGGCCAAAGGCCCCGUCUCCAAAGACACGCAGUUUGAGUACGCCUGGUGCCUCAUCAGGAACAAGUACUCUAACGACAUAGCCAAGGGGAUCCUGCUUCUGGAAGAGCUGGUGCACAAAGGGACAAAGGACGACCAGAGAGACUAUCUCUUCUAUCUGGCUGUGGCAAACUACAGAUUGAAGGAGUACGAGAAGGGGCUGAAGUACAUCCGUGUCCUGCUGAAGAAAGAACCAGCCAACACCCAGGGCUUGGAGCUGGAGAAGCUGAUCAAGAAAGCCAUGGAGAAAGAUGGGCUUGUCGGCAUGGCGAUAGUCGGUGGGAUUGGCCUGGGUGUGGCCGGGCUGGCCGGCCUCAUUGGAUUGGCUGUGGCCAAGUCCAAGUCCAAGUAAGGGGUUGGAAAACCCUGCCCCCUGCGGAACACUCCAGACCCGAGGAUUCUGAGUCUCUCCGCUCUGUUUGCAUUUCACUAGGAGUUUGAUAAUAAGACGUACCUGAGCUUGUUGCCUAGACACACUGUGGGCUGAUCAAGCUCCUAGUAAAACCAGGAAAGGGUGAAACUGCUAUGCAAUAGGAGUCUUAUUACCAUCCCAGCAGCACAUGUUUGGAAAAUGUAAUUAAAAGCCUUUUUGUUAAUUUAGAGAGGGGCAAAUAGCGCCUGUCUUGUGCAGGGUGGAAUGUUACUAAAAAAUAUGUUCUAAUGAGUUUAUUUUAGCUUUUUACAAAAGUUAUUUACAAAUGAAUGGGGUGGGGUAUUAUUUUGGUCGCCCUCGCCGGUAAAAACAAAAAAAAAAGACAUUCUAAUAAUUAGUUCUUAUUGCAAGACAUUAAUAGAGCUGCUGCCAAAUGUGUCAUUGUUGAGUGUGUUUUGUAAAUAAAAUUGUAUUAAAAAUUA